GACAGGUAAGUUAGGUAGUUGUAUUAACUAACAGGAGCGCAGAGAAACAUACUAACACGCCAACUCCUGACAGUGUGGGAACAUUGGGUGAGGGUCGUACUCAAUAAGAGGGUUGACCGAAAAACUAGCCACCCUUUUCAUUAUGUUGUGGUCUAAGGUCUAUGUGUGUACGGACUUUGUUUUUGCUUUCCUGACUGGAGUGUGUUGUCAGUGUACCUAUACAGCUGAGGAACACCAGGCGGUGCACAAAGCUCUGCGACAGAAGCUGGGACCAGAGUACAUCAGUACCAGAGUUGCUGGAGGAGGACAGAAGGUCUGCUAUAUUGAAGGGCAUCGUGUAAUCGGCCUGGCCAAUGAGAUGUUUGGGUACAAUGGAUGGUCUCACUCAAUCUCUCAACAGAAUGUCGACUUCAUAGACAUAAUAAACGGCAAGUUUUACGUCGGAGUCAGUGCGUUUGUCAAAGUGCAGCUGAAGGACGGGGCGUUUCAUGAGGAUGUAGGGUAUGGAGUCAGUGAAGGACUGAAGUCUAAAGCUCUGUCGCUGGAAAAGGCGAGAAAGGAAGCUGUCACGGAUGGCAUGAAGAGAGCACUCAAAUGCUUCGGUAAUGCGCUUGGAAACUGCAUCCUGGAUAAACAAUACCUCGUAGCCAUUAACAAGAUCCCCAAACAGCCUCCUCCUCCUCUAGACCCAGCCCAGACUAAGCGCACUGAGGGUGAGCCCUCAGUGGAGAAGGCCCGCUUCUCCAGUCUGGUCCGGGAGGAAAAGCUUGGGGAUCCUGGCAGGAUGCCGCUGGAGCCUAGAGUCCUCAACCAGAACCAGAACUAUUCCGAAGUUUAUACCCCUGAUGCUGCUGGCCCUGCUAACAGGAAGAGUGAGAACAUUGACUCGAGACCUGUCAUGGACUCGAUGGACGUUGGUGGGUCUGCGGCGCACACAGACCCCAAACAGCUGAGAAAGCUUCGACAGCAGCAGCUUCAACAGAAGUUCAGGAGAGAGAUGGAGGCCAAGAAGCUGCAGCAGAGACCGGAUCAAGCCAAGUCUGAGGACACAGAGGUCGCUAUUAGACGAGGAUCCAGUGGAGGUCAUGAAGAUGCACCUGCGUUCAGUGACGGCACUUCAGCAGGACGCAGGAAGCCUAGCAGCAGGGACGAGUAUUUAACAGAUGAUCCUGAGCUCUGGGAUUUCACUCUGGAUGGGAUUGAGGAGCUGGAUGUCCCUGCAGGCGGCCAACCCUCCAGAGCAAAACCGCUCAGGCCCAGCACGCCCAGUAAUCACCUGAUGCAGACGCGCAGUAAGACCCCUCAGAGAGCCCCAGGCAGACCUCCAGACGAGGCCCCUCCAUACAGCGGAGGACAGGACCGGGCUCAGCAUCAGAACCAGUAUCAGGCGAGGCCAGGUGAAGCCUUCAGUCCAUACAGACAAGGACAGUACAUGAAGAAACGCAGACUGGACACUUGACAUUUUAUGUUGCCGUUCUUCAGCUUCCUCAACACUUUAUAGAAUUGAUUUUACUUUUGUUUUUAUAUUUAUAUAUAUAUAUAUAUAUAUAUAUAUAUAUAUUUCAGGGUUUACAUUUAAAUUCAUUUUGCACUGAAUGGAUGCUGUUUCAGAUUUUUGGAGAAA